AUGCCGCCCCGCCAGACCCGAGCCCCAACGACCGACAACCUCCUUCCUCCCAUCCUCGACCUCCUCGCCCCUCCCUCGCCGAAUCCAUACUCGGCGCAUCAGAAGGCUCUGACUACUGUCGCUCGUAUCGCCUCUUCAGCGCCAGCAGUGGCCGUUGAAAUAUGCUUCGCGACUGCGCGAGAGCUACUGAAGCUCGGUGAAGGGGGAAGCGGGGUUGAGCUGGGAGUGAGGGGGUUGGGGAUCUUGGAGGGAACCGCGGAGGAUAUGGAUGAGAAGACAAGGGCUGCCAUCACUCAACUCCUGGCGCUGACACCGUCCGCUGGACCUUGGCGCAAGAAGCUGGCUGAUGCGGCGAUCAAAUACUCCGCUCACGCUGGCGAAUGCCCCUCGGGAGAUCCGGCGCUUCAGCACUACAUCGGAGAGCUGUACUACAAGGAUCGUCAGUUUGCUCAAGCCGAAUCACACCUUCUCGCCAGCCACAAGCGGGACUCCGCCAUCACCCUCGCUGAGAUGCUAUUCGAGUGGAGCGAGAAGGGCACUUUGGAUCCUGGGCCAUACGCCGUCCGGGGUGUAUUGCCAUACCUGACGCAUCAACCACCCUCGAUCCUUCCCGCCGCCUCAUUCCUCUCGCACUUCCUGUACCUCCUCUCUUCCCCUACCACCGCCUUCUCCAAGUCGGGAGGAUUCACCACCACCCACCCCUCGCCCGCCGACGCACCCUUCCCCUCCAUCCUCGUCACCGCAUCGCCUACGCUCAAUUUCCUUCAGCUCGCGAUUAUCACGAUCCAGCGGGCACCUGCAGUCGGAGUAUCUGGCGUUCAGGCUCGCGGGACGGACGGGGGCGUGGGUAGGGAAUGGGAGGCGCUGGUACAUCGGUAUCGGAGAGUAUGCGGGGCGAAGGGGGUAUUGGCGCAGAACGAGGUCUUGGAAGCAAUCGCGCAGAUAUCGACCAACGUCUUCCUCAUUCCUCCACCACGAGGACAACAGCCAGACAUGCUGCAAAACCUCAUGGGGAUGUUUGGCGGUGGAGGAAGGUAA